AUGGAAUAUACAGAAAAAGUGGCAGACAAAAAUCUUAGUAUCGUGGAAGAAUUUAUUCUUUUGGGAUUUUCUGAGCUUCCAAACUUCCAAGGUUUUCUUUUUGUUAUUUUUUUAGUCAUCUAUAUAAAUAUCCUGUUAGGGAAUGGUCUCAUCAUUGUAAUCACCAAUAUGGAACCCACUCUCCAAACACCCAUGUAUUACUUCCUUGGAAACUUCUCCUUUGUGGAAAUUUGUUACACAUCAGUCACCCUCCCCAGGAUGCUUAUGAAUCUUUGGAGACAGGAAAGAAAUAUUUCUUUACUGUCAUGUGCCAUACAACUGUGUUUCUUUCUUAUUCUGGGAGUCACAGAGAGCUUCCUACUGGCAGUAAUGGCCUAUGAUCGCUAUGUGGCAAUCUGUAAGCCUCUCUACUAUCCUCUAAUCAUGAACCACAAGAUGUGUGUCCAAAUGGUGAUUGGCUCCUGGGUCACUGGAAUGCCAGUCUUAAUAGGGCAGACAUACCAAGUAUUCUCUGUGCCUUUCUGUGGUUCUAACAAACUCAAUCAUGUUUUCUGUGACAUGCCCCCACUAAUGAAGUUGGCAUGUGGAGACACCUCUGGGGAUGAGUUAUUUAUUUAUAUUGAUUGUUUCUUAUUUGCUUUACUUCCCUUUCUACUGAUACUCUUAUCUUACAUCAGAAUCCUCAACACUAUUCUGAAGCGCCCAUCAACUACUGGCAGGUCCAAAGCCUUCUCUACUUGCUCAUCUCAUCUUAUAGUCGUAUGCUUAUUCUAUGGUUCUGGUUUCAUUGCAUAUCUGCAAUCCAAGUCCAGUUACUCAGACAAAACAGAUAAGAUCUUCUCUCUAUUCUACAUCAUUGUGACACCAGUGUUUAAUCCCAUGAUAUAUAGUCUGAGGAACAAGGACUUCAUUGAGGCAGUGAGAAAACUAUUUUGUAAAUGUGUAGAGUAA